AUGGCAUCCACCAUCUCGGCCAUCUCCCUCUUCCUGCUCGCCCUCUUCGCUCUAGCCCAUUUCUCCUCCUCCGUCCAAGGGCCCAAUCGGCAUGUGGCCCGCCUGGCAAAACGCUUUGAUCCUGUCGAGCAUGAUACUCCCAUUGUCCCCAAGGCAUCUGCCGCUGCUGCCGGCGACAAGUACCUCCUUGGCGUUGGCAAGGCCGAUAUCACCGGCCCGGUCGUGGAGAUCAACUUUGCCGGCUACGCCGACACGGAGCAGAGAGGGACCGGCCUCCGGCAGCGCAUUUACUGCCGGGCUUUCAUUAUUGGGCAGGUGGGCAAGCCGGAGAAUCGGUUUGUCUACCUUGUGCUGGACACCAUGUCGGGCGACACCGCGGUCCGGAAUGGGAUUUUGGAGGGACUGGCGAAGUUGGGAUCGGAGUAUGCGGUCUAUGGGAGGAAUAACGUUGCCGUUACGGGCACACACUCGCAUAGCGGGCCUGGAGGAUGGUUUAACUACCUGCUGCCGCAGAUCACGAGCUUCGGGUUUGACAAGCAAGGCUAUCAGGCUAUUGUUGAUGGUGCCGUGUUGGCUAUCAAGAGGGCUCACGAGUCCUUGCAGGAGGGCUACCUCGACUUCGGCACCACUCGUAUCGAGGAUGCCAACAUCAAUCGCAGUCUGUACGCCUACCUUGCCAACCCGGAGGCCGAGCGCGCGCAGUACCCCGACAGUACUGACAAGACGAUGACGCUCCUACGCUUCCGUCGCGCCUCAGACCUUAAGGCUAUCGGCGUACUGACCUGGUUCGCCGUGCACCCGACCUCCAUGCUGGGCAACAACACCCACGUCAGCGGCGACAACAAAGGUGUUGCCGCAUACCUGUUUGAGCAGUCGGUCAAGGGCAGCGAUGCGGUUGCUGAUGGGUUCGUUGCUGGCUUCUCUCAGUCGAAUCAUGGUGAUACCAGCCCGAACGUGCUCGGUGCGUGGUGCGAUGAUGGGUCAGGGCAGAUGUGCGAUUUCCAGACCUCGACGUGCUCCGAUGGCAAGUCGCAGAAGUGUCACGGGCGCGGGCCGCUGUUCUACAACCUCGAUCUUGGUGUGUCGAGCUGCUAUGAGCUCGGCCGUCGGCAAUUUUUCCCUGCAAAGGAGCUCUUUCACUCCCUAGACUCCGAAUCGACGCCCGUUGUCGGACCAACUGUCCGUGCCUUCCACUACUGGAACGACAUGUCCUACUACAAGUUCCCUCUCCCCAACGGCACCAUCGUCCAGACCUGCCCCGCGGCACUCGGCCACUCUUUCGCAGCCGGUACCUCCGACUGGCCUGGUGCCUUCGACUUCACCCAGGGCGACUCUGGCGAACCCAACAACCCCUUCUGGUCCGUAGUGGGCGGUCUCCUGCGUACCCCCAGCCACGCACAAAAGGCCUGUCAAGCCCCCAAGCCCAUCCUUCUUGAUGUGGGCGAAAUGACGACCCCUUACGCCUGGACUCCCAAUAUCAUCGACGUCCAGACCCUGCGCGUCGGCCAAUUCUUUAUCAUCGUUUCACCCUCUGAGGUGUGCACCAUGGCCGGCCGCCGCUGGCGCAACGCGGUGAAAGCAGCCGCUCAGGAGGCCGGGAUGACGGGUGACACCGAGCCGUAUGUGGUUAUUGCCGGUCCUGCUAACACGUAUGCUCACUAUGUCACCACCCCCGAGGAAUACGCCGUCCAGCGGUACGAGGGCGCGUCUACGCUGUAUGGUCAGUGGGAGUUGCCCGCUUACAUCAACCUCACGCUGCGCGGCCUUCCUUACUUGGCGCCCACCGCGACGGGUAGCCCGCCGGCCGGCCCAACCCCACCUGAUAACCGGGCGAAGUCGCUUAGCUUUAUCACGGGCGUUGUGAUGGACGGUACGCCGAUUGGCAAGAGCUUUGGGCAGUGCAUUAAGCAGCCGAGCUCGUCAUACUCGAGGGGCGCAGUGGUGAGCGCCACCUUUCAGGGGGCUAAUCCGAGGAAUAAUUUAAGGCUUGAGGGGACGUUUGCGGCGGUUGAGAAGCUUGGUGCUGAUGGGAAGACCUGGACAAGGUGGUUGGAUGAUAAAGAUUGGCGGCUGGUGUAUACGUGGAAGAGGACGAAUGGGGCGUUAGGGUACAGUGAGGUGACGAUUACGUGGGAGACGGAUGUGGAUUUAGAUCCUGCAGGAACGUAUCGGAUCAAGUAUUAUGGUGAUCAGAAGCCGCUGAUUGGGAGUAUCAAAGCUUUUGAGGGGACGAGCAACUCUUUCACGCUCAAUUAG